AUGUUAUUAAUUAGUCAUAACAAAGACGAUGAUUUUGAUGUGGUUUCUACAUCCAGUCGAUAUUCCUCUUCUCCGUCUUCGGACCGAUGUUCAAGUAAAGCUCCAUCCGCUACCACUCGUGUCAGUAGCUGCUCGAGUGCUAUCAGUGAUGUUUCUCAAAGUGCUCAUUCAAAUUCCAGUCUGAAUCAUCAUCACAACAACAAUAAGGUUUCAGUGCUAAAUACCAAGAAAGGCCUUAGCAUUUAUUUGAAUUAUAAUCAAGCAGUGAUUGAUAGCCACUUGAAAGGUAUCUCUUCGGCCGAUCUACAAACGAGCUUUGAAAUAAGAAAGGUUCUCCUUAUUGGAGCCUGUCGUAAAAUGAAAGACUUGAUCAUGCAUUUUACAAGACCUCUCUCCAACGAUGCCUCUGAAUGUUUGUAUCAACACAUUGAGUUUGCAGCCAGUGAGGCUAAGAAAUUGGCAUUGCAGGCUCAGUCCUUGUACAUUGGUGGAAUGCAUUCGACGAGAACGGAUUCGAAUAGUUCGCUCAACAGUGUUGAAUGUGUGAGACAAGCAGAAACUCUGCAGGAAAUUGUGUCUGAAUUAUAUGUCUCUUUAUAUUGGAUCAUGAGUCAAAAGGAAUUUAAUACACUUCAACUGCAGAAUAAUCGGGAUAAAAGACAAGCAGAAAAAGACAGACAUGCUUUGGAACGAUCCCGGCUUGCCAAUCGGAAAGAAGGCUUCCAGAGGCAUACUCCCAGUACUAAUCCCUUGGAAAUCCUUGAAACUGCAGUUGGAUAUAUUCCCGAUGCUAAACGAUUGCAUGGUGACUCAGCAGGUGAAGAACGAGCAAUGAGGGAUUUAGAGAUAGCACGAAGACAACAGAUUACAGAAAAGAAGAGAAAAGAUCACACAGAACGAGAACAAUCCAUUCAUCAGCAACGAGAAUUGGAAUAUGAAAAAGAGAAACAAAAACAGGAGGCUCGGUUAGGAUCCGAGAAGAAAAAUAAGGGACUUGCAAGUUAUAACAUAAUUACCAAACAACCCUUAGACCCUGAGCAACGAAAGUUACAAACGUAUCAAGAUCAAGUUCGAGAAUAUAGAGGUGCUGUGAGAGCUGAUAUUCUGUAUCAGAGGGGUUCCAGCACUGGAUGCAACCCUAUUACUGGAGAGCCCCUUCCUCAGAGAGUGGUCAUACCACCAAAACCUUCAUUGCCCAAUCAAAAUAACAAGUUUUAUUGA